AUGGAUUUCGUGUUCCUAUGCGGCGGUGCCGGCCUCCGCGUUGACCAUCUCCACCUCGCCGCCGCCCUGCUCUCGCCUUGCGCCGCCCGGCUCGCCCUCCUCCAGCUGCACGGCCAACAGCCCCCGCCGGCUACCACCGCCUGGCCCGCCCGCGCGCAGCAGCCAGCGCCACACCACCACGACCGCCCGCAUCCGCUCGAGCGGCGGCGCACGAGCCACGCCCGAACCGACGCCCUCCACGCGCCCGGGCCCACGCCCUGCCUCCGCUCGCCGAGCCGCAUCGCCAACCAGGCACGGCCGCCGCGCCAACCACCACCCGGGCCGCGCCUCCGGCCCAACCACCACCACGCGCCCGAGCGCCCACUUCCGCGCCUGCCGCAGCUCGGCCACCCGCUCCCGCCGCCGCGCCAAGCAGCGCGCCGACCUGCCCCCAAGUUCCCGCAGCCCACCGGCUUCGCCCGCUCCCUGCCGGCUCCUUGCUUCCGCGCGAGGUCAGCCAACCGGCGGGUGCCGCAUAGCACAGCCGGCGGUGCCGCCAAGCCCGGCAGUGCAGGCCAAAGCAGACCGGCGGUGCCGUGCUGCUCACCCGGCGAGUGCCGCCGGAUGUACCCGGCAGUGCCGGCCCCAAUCCUUGUGUACAUUGAUUCGGUUUAG